AGCAAAAAGAAGAUGAACUAUGGCGGCGGGGUCAUCCUGCUGGUGUCGUUCUGUGAUUAACUUAGCGCUGAACUGUGGAAGAUAUCAGCUGCGAUUGGCCAGUUCAGAGAGUUCGAAACACACUGCAAAAAGAGGAAGAUAUCAAAGAUGGCUUUUUUGGCUUUUAGUGGGUAGUGGUACUGCGGGCCUUGCCGCUCAUAACAGACUAUGGGAACGAAAACAACGUAGAAAACUUCGAGUUCAGAUUGAAGGAAUUGGACGUUUUUUCAGGUCAAUAUGUAUUACAUUCGAAAUCCUUUCUCCACCUGCAAAGUCCGUAAAAUUAUGUGCGCAGACGCAACUUGCCUGGGGAAGUAGCUCACACUUACGGCCAUUUUGGAAUUAAUAUUAGGCCAUUUCCGAGUUCCCCCGGGCCUCUGUUUCAAAACAAGGGUAGGCGCUCAGCCUUUGAUAUGGAAAUCAUUUUUCAUUCUCAUACAAAUAAUAUUCAUUUUCACAAGAAAGGUUGUGCACCUAGCCUCAUUUUGAAAGUGAGGGUUUUGGAACUCGGAAGUGGCCUAUUGACAGCUAUCUGCACAGCCCCAUAAAUUAAUUUUGCAUAUAUGUUUCGACAUACUCAUACAGUAGAACCCUGGUAACUCGAACUCUGAAGGGAAAUGAAAAAAGUUAGAGUUAGCAAGGAUUCAUGUAUCGGGGACAAUUGAAUACUCAAUUUGCGGUGUUAAUUAUUUUCUCGGGCUCCCAUGAGAAAUAGUCUUUGGUGUUAUUACAGAUAAUAAAUUAUAUCUAUAGCCCUUGAAAAAUGUAAAAAAGAAUGCGGUAUUAUUUAAAUUGUUCUGGUACAAGGUUUUUGCCCACUGAAAGUUGAAAUUACUCAAUUUCCUGAUGGAUUCUGUCUUAACUUGCUACAUACAUGAUAGAUACAUGGGGCUAUACGGAAAGUUUACAUACCUUUCUAUUUUGACAGCUUGGGGCCUUUCCAGAAAGGACCCUCAAGUUGGAGGUUGGGGAGGGGGAGAGGAGCACCUACUUAUAUGAGCUACAAAGUUAUAUGCCGCUGUGAAAAGUGGGGUUUACAAGCAUUUGCGUCUGGUAUAGAGUAGAGAAAUCAGCCGUAUUUGGUCUACAGGGACUUGACUAGGGUAUUAUGGAUCAAUGGGAAAUUUGUCAGUGGUAUGGAGAUCAGAGUUUCUGGUUGGUGGUAGGUCUGGGAUUGGGUAGGGAUUUUUGGUGCCUAGUCUAGAAUAGGAUGGCAAGAUUGAAGUUGAACAUGGUCUUGUAUAGGAUACAGGUUUCAAGCUCCCAGAAACACAUCUCCACCAAAAAUGCAGAGAGGCCCCUCUCUUUGAAGUGUUGGCAUGAAAAUUUUCAUUUCUAUGGUAUUGAUUAGUUCAUUACUUAAUUUUAAGCCUGCUUUUCACCAGCGACACAAGCAUAAGAGUUAAAAAUAACAUGGUCCUCACUAGAGAGGCAAGUAUAAGCAUGAGCAUAUAGUAAGAAGCUAAUAUGUGCUAGUGAGGACAUCCUGACAAAAGCAUAAGGAUAAACAUAAGAAUGUCAAAGCUUUACAUUCUUCUCGUACUUUCUUCUUAUGCUUGUGUCACAGCAGUCUUCACUAACAUGUAAGAAGUUUUUCCUUGUGAAGAGAAUUCUCCUUUUCUUCUUUUUUUCAAAAUUGCUCAUGUCUGUGUACAAAACAUUAAUAAACAAGGUCUCUCAGGUGUUGUACUGUUAUGGACCCAAAAUAUUUUUUCUUUAUCAGGUGUUUUUAUAUUGGAAUGAAAAUAUCGUUAGACUACUGGUGGACCCUGCAAGGUUUGGAUCCUGUGAGUAAAAAACCACUACAGAAUUAUUGAUAUUGAUGUUAUAUUACAGUAUUAAUUUGAUCAACAUACGUUAGAAAUUAAAAAUUUCUUUAACAUUCAACAUGAUAGAUGCUGGUAUUGCUUGAUCUUUGAGGGAAAUCUGUAACUUUCAUGUCCCUAUUAAAUAACCUUUGAGUAAUGCCUUUCUUAUGCAGGAUAAUAAUAAUAUUGUAAUAAUGAAAACAAUAUAAUGAUAAUGAUACUAAUAAUAUUUAUAUAGUGCUUAUACAUUUAAGUGCGAGAUGCUUAGUGAAGUACAAUCAAGGAAAAAAGUAUAUAUGAAUUGAAGAUGAUCACCAUAGAAGAAAAUAAUACUCUGAUCUUUUAUCAAACUCUCUUAACUACUGAUCUAGACUAUGGAGAUCACUCUGGAGUAUUUGUUUGUGGAUCUUGGGGCAUAAAAGGAUGUACUCUGUCUGCAGUUAAUAACCCAGGAUUAGAGUUAACUAAUCGUCAGGGCCAGGUUCCUCAAAAGGUGGUUAAGUUUAACCCAGGAUUAAGCCAAAUUUUAAGCAAGGUUUUCUUGUCUAAGAACAUGUAACUCGAGUUUACAAAAUGCUGUUGAGCCUUUACUGCAAGAUACAGUAAUAUAUAAUAACACAAAAUGUUACUCUAAGCAAUACAUAGGAAGGUAAAAUACAAAAACGGAACAAAGUUUUUAUCCUGGAUUAGCACUAAUCCGCCUUUUAGGAACUGGACCCUGCAGAGCAUUGGUGGUCCUAUGGUAACAGCACUCACCUCCCACCAAUGUGGCCCGGGUUCAAAUCCUGGCGUUGACACCAUAUGUGGGUUGAGUUUUGUUGGUUCUCUCCUUUAAUUUGCUCUGCGAGAUUUUUUUAUUGGUACUCUGGCUUUCCUUGCUCCUCGAAAACCAACAUUUCCAAAUUCCAAUUAAGUCUGGAAUGCACAGACAUGUUUAAAGGAGUUCUCAAGAACUCCUACGUGUAAGUGUUUUGUGGGUAAACAAAUUACAAUUUUUUUCCAAUUAAUUUUAUCUUGAUGUCCACCUAAUGCAAUACAUUUAAUACCUUCAUUGCUUUCUGUAGAAUGGAGAACAGUAUGCACAAGUCAUCAAACUUUGUCACAAGAGAGCAGCCGAGAGACUUGUCAUUGGUGCAGUAGACAAUGGAGGUCUUUACAUCAAGCUAGGUCAAGGACUAGCUUGCAUGAAUCACAUACUACCUAGGGAAUACACAGUCACUCUUCAAAUAUUACAAGAUAAGGUAAUGAUAUCAAAUGAUAUCUAGGUUUUCAAUGUGAAGUCAGGUCCAUGGAGGGUUGUGCAAUAAUGGGACACACCCCUCCUCCCCAGGAAUUGCAAAAGUCUGUUCUGAGGUAUAGACUAGUUGAAUGCUUAUGCAUCUUUUUUGUUUUCAAGUGCAGGUGACUCAAACUGACAUUCAGUCUUGGCAAGACAGUUGAUGUGUUUUCCAUAAAAGGAGGGUCCAUAAUGAGGUUAUUCAAUCUGGACAUUUAAUAAAAAUUUUCUGCCCAUCCUGUCAUAUUGACUGCCUUUUAAAAGUGCCUUACAAAUUAUCCAGAUUCCCUCAACUAAGAGAACCAUGGCAGACAGUCAGAUAGGAAAAUAGUAACAAUUUUGUAUGAGACAGGGUCAAGAAAGUGUGGAUAGUUAUGGUAAUUUAUGUUACGUGUAAGUCGUCUUCAACUUAGAGUUUUUCCUGACAUUUGAGAAACCUCAGUUCACUUUGCUUACUAGGUUUCAUCCUACGUGUAUAAACGAGAUAUCCUGAAACCAACAUCAUAACACAACCAAAUCUGGUACCCAGUUUUAUUUCAUUUCCUGAAUCCUGCUUUCCUUUUUCUUCAAAAUCCUGAUACCCAACCUUGAAAUAAGUUAAAUCCCAGAUCCUGCAAGAACCUAUUGGGGUCCCUCACAAGGAAUCUGAGUAGGCUAGAACGGGAACCAGUUGUUCUAAAAGUCUAAAAACAGAUACAGUUUCAUAGUCUGAUCAGUGGAGACUUUACUGUUAACAGAAUCCUAACUUUUAUAUGCCAUUGAUCAGUUACUGAAAUCUCAUUAUUUUAAUUUUUUUGUAGGCUCUUCGAAGAAAGCAUGGGGAGGUCAGUCCUUGCAAUAAUUUUUAUUAUUAUGCACUAUUAUUGUAAAUUGUACUCACUAUCUACUGGUACCUACAUAUUGGCGAAGAGGGUACAGUUAUUUUUGGGAACCCUUUAGGUUGCACGUGCAUACAUUGCAUGACUUACCAGUCCAUGUGACUUCAAAACAAUGUAUAUGUUGUAGUUAAUUUUUUAUCUCAGGUAAUUUUUAUUUCUCCUUUGUUUCAACUUUAUUAGCAUACAUUACCAUAACCAAAAACAAAAGAAAAGCAAAAAUUACCUGAGGUAAAAAUUAACUGCAACAUAUAUAUACAAAAACAAUUUUAUUAGAUUUGGUUUUUGUGCUAUCUGAAUCUGUAACAAUCAAGGUCUCUAUAAGUGUUUUAAACUUUGGCCUUCGGCCUUGGCUGAUAACAGGUAGAGGAGGAGGAGGGCAUAGAACCAGGUGGGCUUAUAAGCAGAAUAUUAUUUCCAUGUUAAUGGAUGUCUAUAAGCAAGUAGGGAGGGGCUUAUAUUUGGGUGGACCUUUUAACAGCUGUAAUAAGAUGCUGCUCACUGUCUAUUUAAAAUCAAGAAUUCUGGUGAAAGAUUAUAUUAAUUUUAUAUUUUAACAGGACAUGACUGUGCUCUUAACUACAUGUAGCAGUGUACAUUGGCCCCUGGCACCUAACUUUUCCCUUUGGGCAACUAGGAAAUCUUAGUUUUUUCAUUGAAAUCAUAUGCUGGGCACCCUGUACUUCACAGGCUUAGAACACUGGGCUCUCUUCAAUUUAGCCUGCGUAGCAUUUCAGUUUUGUUGAACGCACUACUGAGCAUUGCUCCUACACCAAUCUCCUCACAGUUUCACUGCCCUCACCCACCUUGGCUUGUUUGCACUCCCGACCAAAACUGCCAUGCUACACAGGCUUUAGAGCACAGCCUUGCAUGAAUUCUUGAUCACAAAUAGACUGCGAGUACCCUCCUAUUGUUCUUGAAGGUUAGUCAGGUGGCACAUGUAUGUGUAACUCACUUGUGGCAAAUGACCAGGCAUGAGUGCAAAGUGUUACAGUUUUUAGUAGACUGUGUACACUAGCCUGUCUUAACUCAUCAUAUUACCGGUAUGUUAGGUUGAUGAACUAUUUUUAUUCAUAAAUUAUUAUGUUAUGUUAGGUUGAUGAACUAUUUCUAGAGGACUUUGGUAAAAAAGCUCCAGAGCUAUUCCAAGAGUUUGAUUAUGAGCCAUUAGCAGCAGCUAGUCUUGCUCAGGUGCACAGAGCUGUUAGACAUGAUGGGAGAGAAGUUGCUGUCAAGGUAUACAGAAUUUUUUUUUUUUGUAUUUCUUUAUUGAUCAGAAGGGCUGCAACCAUCAUGUUUCUAACUGAUGAUGACAGUAGUUUAUAAAGUUCUAAAUUUGUUACCCACAAAUUUCUGAUUGUAACAUUAGUAUUUGGUGUAUCCCAGGCAAUAGGGGAUACUCAUGAUUCAAGUGUUAGUGGUGAUUAAACAAUUUUGGGUUCAGAUUUCCUGCUUUUGUUGGACAAUAUUGGAGAUGGUUUAGGGUUGAUUUGGAAAACUGCACAUGAGUUAUACCUCUGGCCCCAGUUGUUCAAAAGCUGGAUAGCGCUAUCCCCCAGAUAAAUCACUAGCCAGUGGAUAAGUAUUAGGGAAACCAAUUGCACUAUCCAUUGGAUAGAGAUUUAUCUGCUGGAUAGUGCUAUCCACCUUUGGAACAACUGGGAACUAGAAAACGCCCCCGAGAAUGCACUGGAUUUGCUCCUUAAACUCUACAUUGCUCUCAGCCUUUCCACCUUCACUACAUACACUGUUUUUCUUUUUUCAUCAGAAAUAAAUCUAAUUGUUUCUCUAAUUUUAGGUUCAGUACAUCGACCUUCUGGAUAGAUAUAAUGGCGAUCUUUGGACAUUAAAACGGCUGUUACAAGUCAUUGGCUGGAUGCAUCCUUCUUUUUCUUUCUCUUGGGUCUUAGAUGUAGGUUACAAUUUGCCACAUUAAUUUUCUUUGAUCAGUGAUUCAAUCCAUUGAUAUCCUGUGUACGGAUGUUUUAUGUUUCCAAUAGGAAACCUCUGUGUGCAGGCCUAAUACAACAGUGACUGAUUUAAAUAUGCUUGCUGUUCAUAGUGUAUAGACUGGGGUGAAAGAAGCGAGAGAACUUGUAGUCCAUUUGAGUUUGCAGUCUGUGAUAGGAUAGGGAUUUGGGUUACUUUGUCUAGCAUGCCACUGAGUGUGGCUGGGUGUAGGCUAGGGUUAAGGUUUAGGGUUGGGGUUAGGGUUAGGGUUUAGGGUUAGGGUUAGGGUUAGGGUUAGGGCUAGGCUCAGGGAUACAGCACCCAGCAGCACACACCCACCCAGCAGUGUAGCCAUGAUUUUUCAAAGGAGCGGUCACCUGUGUCACACUCAGUGUAGUUACUAGAUUGUCGUGUGAUAACUGAGCUGUUAUUUAACAAAAGAGACAUUUUUUGGGUAAGCAGUUAGCAUGAGUGGGACGGGGGAGACAAGCCUACAAAAUGCCCCCUACAAUCCCGGACAAAACUACUUGAGAACGUUUUUUCUUUAUUGCGCAACACAACAAAACUAUUUCCAAAUCAACGGCUUUGCGUAAAAUAAUCCCCUUCCCCCAAUUCAAAGCUGCUUCCUACAAACGCUCAGGGAUUAGGCUUUCUUCUUAGACACAGGAGGAGAGGGAAGAAUCGCUACGGCUACGAUGUUCUCCAAGUAUGCAAUUUUAUCAAGAGUUUUGUCCACCCCUUCCACCCAAAAUACAACAACUUAUACAAUAUUGUUCUAUACUCCAUUUUUCUUGGUGCUAACUUCAACAUCAAUUUUGAAUUAUUUAAAGAUAACUCACGAUGAAGAAAACAAUUUAAUUUUACCAGGAUUUAAAAGAAACCUUGAAGCAAGAGCUGGAUUUUGUGAAUGAAGGACGCAAUGGCGAAAGAUGUGCAGAUGAACUCAAACAUCUCAGUUAUGUUUAUGUGCCUGAAAUCCACUGGGAUUUCACAACCAAGGUAAAACUAUUUUCAGAUAAUUCUUACAGCAUCUAUAGACGUCUAUGGGUAUCUUAACACGAUACCAGAUAGCUUUUGCGCCGACCGAAAACAAGGGCGGAUUUAGGGGUGGGCCCGGGGGGGGCCCGGCCCCCUCUUUUGUCCGGGAAUUUUUUUUUCCUCUUGUAAACGUGCGUCGGAUGGUACUUCGCGCUUUGUUACUUAAAUAUAUUUCUUUAAUAAACAUUUGGUAAUAACUGAAAGAAACUGUGUUCGAGGCCUACAUUUUUAGUCGCAAAUGCCCAAAGCUCCAAGAAUGCAUGCAGUAAAUAUCCGUUUCAAACAAACUUGAUUUGACAAUUUUUCAGGGAGACAAUGUCGCCGCCUUUGCCGGGAGGUUGUGCUCUCGCCGCAAUCGCUUCGGCCCCUGCUACAAUCAAAAAGUGUUAAUUACUUCUUUGACCACAACCACACCUGUGGUUUAUUAAAUAUUUCAGCAUUACAUAUUCAAUAUGGAAUCCAGGCAUUUGCUAAAUUUAAGCGUUCAGAAUACACCAGACGGCAUCGCAGAGAACUUCAAUCUCAAAAAUUUUCCCGGAGGAGCGUGCGCCCGAGACUCCAUAGAAAAGUGCGCCGUUCGCAUUCCUGAUGGGCGCUAUCGCGUCCUUAUUGCCACUGUAUACUAUAUCUCUAGGCCCCCUCUAUCACAAAAUCCUCCGUCCGCCCCUGAAAAAAACAUACUGGAUAUGGCUUCUGUUCACGAUGAUUUUAGGCGUGAUUUCUUUAACGGAGUGAAACUGCGCCGGGGAGAUCUUGAAAGUGGAUCGGCGCAUAUCGGAUAGGUUUCUGCCACUCUCCUGAGUCUCAGUGUGAACAAGUGGACCGUAGUAGACGUAAAUAAGCAGGAGCUAGGACUGGAACCCACUAAGACGAAAGUAACUAUCCAGAAGUGAGACAAUAAAAGUGCUCCAAACCCUCUCAACCUACCGCUCCAGUACGAUGUGCGAUGUGUGUGAAUAAUUUACUGUAGCCUAAGUCAUCGUGUGGUUAUACUGACAAGUUUUCCUCUCCUUGACUUAUUUUUAGCGCGUUCUGACGGCAGAGUUUGUUGACGCGUGUAACGUGGAUGAUGUCGAGGAAAUCAAGCGAAGAGGACUGGAUGUUGCUGAUGUAAGAAAAUUAUGUUUAAACUGUCAGAGGGGUCUCCCAAGUAUUUAAACUGAAGAGGUUUUGAUAUAUUCCUCUGCUGUUUUGGCCUUGAUGAAAAAUAUUCGUGUAGCUCGUAAAACAGGCGUUAUUUUGAUGCGUUUUCGUAGGCGAGCACUUUUCGCGAGGGAAAGAGCUUUAGCCACGCGUGAAGGGAGAGGCUUUCUUCCCUUCCUUCCUUUGCACGCUUGCUUCACUAUUCGCACUAGCCUGUGAAGCAUGAAAAAAAACACGUCUUCUACAAACUAAUAGGAAAGCUUUAGCAGGAGGUGAAGUGAGAGAGGCAAAAACAGGCGAGUUUAACCCUUUAAGUCCCAAAAGUGACCAAUAUCCAGUGGCGGAUCUAGACUUUCAGAUAAGGGGGAGGGAGAAUAAGAAUAAUGGGGGGGGGGGGCACUUCGGGCCCCUACCCUGGAUCCGCCACUGAUAUCAAUUUUCUCCUAACAAUACCAAUAGAUUAUCAAGGAAAAAGUUAAUGAUCACCAAAAGGAAAAUUUUCGAUCGCUUAUCCAUUUCUUUCAACGAAUUCUUUAAGCAAAUGUUUGAGAUCAGUCUAAGGAUGAAAAUAAGCAAAAACCAGCUCCUAUAUCAAGAAUCAAGUCUGUACCAUGCGCUGAAUAACAUUGCCAGUUUUGCAGGUGUUAACCUUUAAGGAGAAAAGCCACGGGAAUUGUCAUGAGGUUGUUAAAAUUAUGAGCGAGUGCUCUAUCAGGCUCUUUGUUGGGGCGGCACCUGGAUAACUUUCAAGAGAAUAAAUAAUUAUAGUACCCUGCGAGCAGAGGUUUCUUUCUGGAAUGGCUUUUAGCAUUUAGGAAGUCGCUCGGGUCGCUUGUGAGUCAAGCCACGGGAACGCUUCUUCUCUGUUAUGUCACUGCGUUCCGCCGCAGAGAAAACGUUUAAGUUCUAAUCAGCAGAAAGGCAACAACACGUUGAAAUAGGAAGGACACGGCCAUAAAUGCAAAUUCCGAGCAUAAACACAUUACAAAUGCCAAAAGCCAUGUCAGAAAGAAACCUGUACUCGCAGGGCACAAUAAUAGGAGGAAAAAAAUGUUUAUUUUUAGCAAUUUUUCCGCGUAAAAUGACACAACUUGGGAAAGGUUAGCUUAACUUUUUCAAAUUGCAAUUCAUGACAGAAUACAACCGUUUCAUACUUCUUAGCGUUUGAGUCAGUUUUUCAUUAUUACAACUUGUCUGGGUCUGUGCAUAGCUCGUUACUAUGCGUCUUUAGUAGGAAAAAAAAAACUGCGUUAAUUGCCCUCGGUUUAAAAUAGGAGACAUCUACACCCAGUGUACCUUCGCUAGUAGUUUUCGUCUUCUGACUUUUGUCUAGGUUGAUGAAAAAAUGAUCAAGGCGUUUGGCGAGCAGUUGUUUCGAAGUGGCUUCAUCCAUGGUGACCCUCACCCUGCCAAUGGUAAGUAAAUUGACCUCCAUUACGCUUUAUCUACUACUUAUUAACCGAGAGUGAGGUCAUUACGGGGAAAUCUCAGACCGAGGCCUUGAAGUAAUAACCAAGCGGAUGAGGUUAGUAAGUUAUUUAUUAUGUGGCCUUUUCAUUUUGGACCUGAGUCUGCGAUCAAUUAAAACCAACCAGUGGUCAGCGGAUAACUUAAAAAACACUUCACCCCAGUGAGUUGUUCACUUGACCCAACCUCGUCCCCAGACCGCUUUUCCCUGGCUUUGGAGGUGGGGUGUGGUGAAUUAAGCUUCUUUUUGGCAGUUUUGGUCAGGAAAGGCCAAGAUGAGAAAGCGGAAAUAGUCAUCAUUGACCACGGACUCUACGAAACACUUCAUCAAAGGUGAGUGUUGUUUACAACAAAUUUUACAAGGGUUGUACAAUAUACCCGCAUUGUAACGGUCUGUUUAAGCC